AUGUCCAGCCCGGCUAAAAAGCGCAAGAGAAAUGGCGCCGAGCCAUCAUCUCAGCAGACGCGCAGUAUUGAAUCGUUCUUCAAAGGACAAGCGACCAAGCAAGCGAAACAAGCGAAGCAGGCGGAGCCAGAGCCGGAAUUGGAGCUAGGGCCAGAGGUGACAGAGCAGACCUUAUCGGAUGAAGCUUUGGCACGACAGCUUCAGGAACAAUGGAAUCAAGAAGGUGCAGUUUCUUCGAAUACGGAAACAAAUCAACCUGUCGCUGCAGACUCCGAACCAAAGACAGCUCCAUCGGCGCCUACGAUAGCACCUACGAUACCAGUAGAUGCGAUUCCAGCAGCUCCGUCAACUGCAAAGAAGAAUACGCUCUCCUUGCAAUCAUCCGCGGGAACGGAGGAUACAGUAUCCCUCGCUGUUCCAUUUGAUCAAAGCCCGCAGACAUUCGACGCAGGCAAAUAUGCUACCGAAUUACGGUCGCAUUGGGCUGCUGAAGGUGGCGACGCCUCGUACGCACUGCUGACGAGGGCAUUCGUGCUUGCAAAUGCGACCACCAGCAGAAUCAAGAUUGUCGAUACACUGGUCAAUUUUCUUCGAGUUUUGAUAGAAGGAGACCCGUCCAGCCUCCUACCUGCAGUCUGGCUAGCAACCAACUCGAUUACGCCGCCAUAUGACGAGAAAGAGCUUGGCCUCGGAGGUUCCUCUCUCUCCAAAGCCCUGAAGAAAAUAUACGGCCUCGAUAACCAGGGCCUCAAAACUCUCUAUAAUAAACAUGGUGAUGCAGGCGAUGUCGCGUUCGAAGCUAAGAAAAGGCAGGCAUUUACUCUGGCUAAGCCGAAGCCUCUCAAAAUCAAAGGAGUGUACCAGUCACUACUGAAGAUUGCUACCAGUAAAGGAUCUGGCAGUCAAGAAGCCAAGCAGCGGAUUGUUGAGAAACUACUGCAGGAUACACGGGGCGCGGAGGAAAGCCGAUACAUCGUGAGGACUUUGGUUCAGAACCUGCGAAUCGGAGCCGUCAAAACAACUAUGCUGAUUGCUCUUGCCCGCGCAUUCCUUUACUCGAAACCCGAUGGCGCUGAAUACGCUAUUCGAUCGCGAGAUGACUUGGCUCGACUUAAGAAAGACGAGCUCGCUGAGAUCUACAACAACGCGGAAGAACUUGUCAAAGCCUCUUAUGCAAGGCAUCCGGACUACAACGACCUUGUACCAUGUCUUCUAGAAACCGGCGUGACCGAGGAACUCCUCAUACGCUGUGGCUUGGUGCUGCAUAUUCCAUUGAGGCCCAUGCUGGGAAGCAUCACACGCGACCUCGCGGAUAUGUUGACAAAGCUUCAAGGGAGAGACUUUAGCUGUGAAUACAAAUACGACGGGCAACGUGCUCAAGUACAUUGCGAUGAAACGGGCAAGGUCUCCAUCUUUUCUCGACAUCUGGAGCUCAUGACAGAGAAAUAUCCAGACCUGGUAUCUCUGGUUCCUCAAAUUCGCGGAGAAAGUGUGUCAAGCUUCAUUCUCGAGGGCGAAGUCGUUGCCGUGGAUAGUGAAACUGGAGAUUUGAAGACGUUUCAGACACUCACGAAUCGCGCGAAGAAGAACGUUGAAAUUGGCGCCAUCAAAGUCAACGUGUGUCUAUUCUCAUUCGACCUCAUGUACCUCAACGGGGAACCAUUGCUGAAUCGACCAUUCCGAGAACGCCGUGAGCUACUCCGAAGUCUUUUCGUCGAGAUACCAAACAGAUUCACUUGGGUGAAAAGCCUGGAUGCAACAUCCGCAGACUCGGAAACAGUACUAGAGUUCUUCAAAGGCGCCACCGAUGCCAAAUGCGAGGGCAUCAUGGUAAAAGUUCUCGACAACACCACCAAAAUCAACGAUACCAUUCAAAUCACCGACGUGACAGAUCAACCCGAUAUCGAAAUUGAACCCCCAGAACUCAAAAACACCACCAAAUCCGCCAAAGAAAAACCCACCCGCCGCAAAGCCCUCCUCUCCACCUACGAACCCGACAAACGCCUCGAAUCCUGGCUCAAGGUCAAAAAAGACUACAGCACCUCCUCGGAAACCCUCGAUCUCAUCCCAAUAGCAGGCUGGCACGGCAACGGCCGAAAAGCCAAAUGGUGGUCCCCGAUCCUCCUCGCAGUCCGCAACCCCGAAACCGGCAUCCUUGAAGCAGUAACGAAAUGCAUGUCCGGCUUCACGGAUAAAUUCUACCAAGCCAAUAAAGACAAAUACGCACCGGGGAGUCACAAUGUCAUUUCCCGACCUAGUUAUGUGGAUUACCACGGUGAACCGGAUGUGUGGUUCGAGCCGCAGGAGGUGUGGGAGAUGGCGUUUGCGGAUAUCACGCUUAGUCCGACGUAUACGGCGGCGAUUGGGUUGGUGAGUGAGGAGAGGGGGUUGAGUUUAAGGUUUCCGAGAUUUUUGAAGGUUAGGGAGGAUAAGUCCAUUGACGAGGCGACUACGUCGGAUUAUUUGGCGUUGUUGUGGAGGAAGCAGGGGGAGAAGGUGGAGGCUCAGGGGGAGGCGGAUGGUGGGGAGGAGCAGUUGGGGUGGCAGGAGGAGUGA